CACGUGGCCGUUCCCACAUCGAGAUCGCGCGUACUUACGCCGCCAUGCCGUUGCGUGCAACGACCGCCUCCUCCGUUGCUCGCUUGCUCAUUCCGAGCAUCUCUCACCUCGUACUGCUGGCACUCUGAGUCUGAGAUCCUCAAUCCAUUCAGUGCAAUGUUUGGUAUCUUUGGCUCGACCAAUGAAAAGAUCGCGCUGCCGGACCACAACUGCGUGCUCUCGCAUGCGCUCCAGCUCCCCGCGCUGAAGAAGCUAGUCGGCAAGCGGGUGAUCCUGGCCUCAGCCAGCCCGCGGAGGAGGGAUAUCCUGCAGACCUUUGGCCUCUCGCCGGAGAUCGUGCCGUCUACGUUUGAGGAGACGCUGCCUGCCAGUUCGUUUGAGGAUAUCCACGAGUAUCCUGUGGCGACCGCCACGCACAAGGCCGUGGAAGUCUACGAGAAGCUAGUGCGAGAGAACCCAGACGAUGCGCCGGACUUGGUGAUAGGCGCUGAUACGGUCGUCCUCACACAUCCUUCUCCUGGGUUGUCUAGCAUGCCCGCAGACAUCCCGCUCGGAUUGCAAGACCUCCUUGAGAAGCCCGCAGACAAGGCAGACAACUACCGGAUGCUCCUUGAUCUCAAUGGCGGCAUGUGCGAGGUAGUGACAGGAGUGUCAGUCGUUUACCCUGUGCUCGAGGCCCCUGGCUACAAGAUCAAGUCAAUAGACGAGCGCACGUUGGUGUACUUCGCGGACAACCCGAAGGAGCUCCUCGAGGCGUACGUCGACAGCGGCGAGGGGCUCGAUCGCGCGGGUGGCUUCGCCGUGCAGGGUCUCGGCGGCAUGCUCGUCCGCAAGGUGGACGGCGACUACCAGAACGUCGUCGGAUUCCCCGCGGCGUCGUUCUUCAAAUUCCUCGAGCUCCUGAUCGAAGAGGAGGAGGACUUCCUCGAGGUAUAGUAGUAGCUCCAUUCAGGAUGGCCGCCAGGCGCGCAAGCAGCGGGCGUCCCCGGACAUCUCGCGCUCGCGGUUCUCGUAACUCUGCCUCGCAUUUGCAACCGGGAAUCAUCCCUUUCCGCGAUGCGAAGCUGGGGCCUUGAUGAUGGUGCCCCUUCAUGGAUAUUUUUUUCGGACUCGCUUGUGCUUGUAUGUACGUGCUUCGAUGUGAUGAUAUUGCUGACCUCCCACCCGCGGUCCUGAACGACAAAUAUACCACCAAUUCGAUCAGUUUGCCUCACUGUUCAUCCGCAGUAUUGCCAACGGUGCAAAUCUGCGGGCGCGAUCCA